AUUAACUGUCUGUAAUAAGAGUAGUAGUGUUCGUGCAACCGUUUGUCUUUUGCUUUAUAAAUAAUAAGUCGACUGUUUGUGUAAAAGAAAUGGAAAUCACCCCUCCGCCAUGUUUAAACAAACCCCUUAAAUUUCCCAAUAAAUUACUCAUGGGACCAGGGCCUUCUAAUUGUUCUCCAAGAGUUCUUCAUGCUCUUAGUUUACCAAUUCUGGGACACAUGCAUACGGAAACCUUUCAGAUAAUGGACGAAAUAAAAGAGGGCAUCAAGUACAUUUUUCAAACUAAAAAUGAACUAACUCUAGCAAUUAGUGCAGCAGGUCAUGGGGGUAUGGAAGCAGUUUUGUGCAAUCUCGUAGAACCCGGAGAUAAAGUUUUAGUGGCAGUUAACGGUUUAUGGGGCAUGCGAGCAAUUCGAAUGGCUGAAAACUAUGGAGCCGUAGUUUCACAGAUUGCAACAUCUCUUGGAAACAACUAUAGCUUAGGUCAGUUAGAAACGGCUAUUCUAAGCGAAAAACCAGACUUGCUAUUCGUUGUACAAGGAGAAAGUUCUACAGGGGUAUAUCAACCCCUGGAGUCUUUGGGAAAAAUAUGCCAUAAAUAUAACUGUCUAUUGGCAGUAGAUACCGUUGCAUCACUAGGAGCAGUACCAUUUUUCAUGGAUAAAUGGGAGGUGGAUGCUGUAUACACGGGAUCUCAAAAAGUUCUAAGCGCACCCCCUGGCAUAACACCCAUAUCAUUCAGUAAAAGAGCACAAACAAAAAUCUUUCAACGUAAAUCCAGGCCUUCGGUGUACUAUUUUGAUAUGAACGUAGUGGGUGAACAAUGGGGAUGUGUUGGCACAGUUCGAACUUAUCAUCACACCGUAUCAUCAAGUCUCCUUUGUGGUCUGAGAGAAGCUUUGGCUAUAAUUUGCGAAGAAGGAAUUGAAAAUUCUAUGAAAAGACAUAAGGAGUGUACCAUGCGUCUUCAUGACGGUUUAAAAAGAUUGGGGUUGGAAUUCUUUGUUGGCGAUCCUGAAGCUCGUUUACCAACUGUAACUUCGAUCAAAAUACCAGAAGGUGUCGAUUGGAAGAAAAUAACAACUACCGCAAUGAACACGUAUAAUUUGGAAAUUGGUGGCGGUUUAGGACCUACAGCAGGUUUAAUUGGAAGAGUUGGAAUUAUGGGAUAUAACGCUCAACCCGAAAACAUCGAUUUUUUGUUAUCGGUACUGCAAAAACUUUUAAAAGAUAAAUGUAAGCUGUAGAUCUAUUGAAGGCUACGUUCAAGUGAGCAUUUGUUGUUUGAAGAAAUAUGUUAUAUAAUAUUAAUAAUAUAUCUAUACUUAUGUACCUAACAGAAAGUAUAUAUUAAAAAUGUAAUUGUUAAAAAUAAAAACCUGAAUGACUAAAA